AUGAUUUGUUGUAACGCACUGCUCUUUAUAAGAAAAAUGUCCUACUCUGGUUCGCCUGUCGUGGGCCAUCGGCGCGGUUCGUCUCGCUACGAAGAUUACUCUGGCCGCUCUCGGGAUUAUGGGGAUUACGAUAAAUCGAAAGGAUAUCCUCCAAAACGCGACCGAAUACGCGAUUCCAAUGGCUACGACUACGAUCGCGAAGAUGAUCGAAGGCCUUAUGGUCGUCCGGUGACUUCUGGACCAACGCGUUACUCCACAGACGACAGGGGACGUGGACCUGUAUCAGGCGUUACUCCCAAGCCAUCUCGAGUAUUGGGGGUCUUCGGCCUUUCUCUAAGAACGGAGGAGCGUCAUUUGUAUGACGUAAUGAGUGUGUACGGCCCUUUAGAAGAUAUACAAAUAGUUUACGACAGCUUGACAGGUCGUUCUCGUGGUUUCGCAUUUGUUUAUUUCCAAAACCUUGAGGAUGCCCGAGCUGCCAGAUCUGCAUGUGCUCGUGGUCUGGAACUACAUGACCGAGUUCUUCGUGUGGAUUACAGUAUCACCCAGGCACCUCAUCAACCCACUCCUGGUGUUUACAUGGGCAAAGACAAGAGACGCAAUUCAGACCGUGGCAGGCGCUUCGGCUAUUCCGACCGACGUCCGCGCAACUUUUCGUCCUAUCGCCGGUCUCGAUCACGUACUCGCUCUCCUCCUCGUCGUCGUAUGGAAGAAUCGCCAUACCGCCGCAGAUCACGUGUUGUGUCCAGCAGCCGAUCAAGGAGUCCACCGGCUGUGUACAGCCCUGGUCACCGGGAUCGCGGAGCUCCUAAUUCACGCUCGAGAUCGAUCAAUCGCAUAGAGCAUGCUCACGUCGACCGUUAUUCUGGCCCACCCAGAGACGACCCUAGUUGGUCCGAUCGUAGUAUUUCACCCCGAUGA